AUGGUUGAAAGUUCCACCACUAUAAAUAUAGCACCAGCUGGGCCAAUACCAGAGCCUGCUAAUAAUAUACCUCAUAUUGAUCAGACAGCCAAAGUUGAUGAAGCCACCAAAGAUUCUGACCAGCCAAAAAGAAGACCAAGAAGAUCCUAUAACUGUGGACCUUGCAAACGUCAAAAGAUCAAAUGUGAUACCCAGAUCCCAUGUGCUGCUUGUAAAAGACAUAACAGAAUAGAUCAAUGUUUAGCAUCACCACCAAAUCCUCCUUCCCCUGAUCAUAAGAAAAAAAUUAGAAGAAUAAGUAUUCAAGAAUUAUCUGAAAAUUCAACACCAACAGUUAGAUCACCAAAUCAAAAUAUAGAGAAUCAUGUCACACCAAGGACUAUAAAACUUCCCAUGGGUUAUUAUACAUCAAGUUUCAAAAUCAAUGAUUCCACUGAGUCAAGUAAUGGAGGAUCUUUAACUCCAGAUGAACAGAUGAUUGAUCAAUUUAGAGAUUAUAGAAUUGGUAGUCCAAAUAAACUAUUACCAAAACCUUGGAAGAAUAACCCACAAGAGUAUAAAGAACAUAGAAAUGAUGAAAUGUUUUUAAAACCAUUAAACAAUAAUCAUGAUGAUAUUUUCAACUUAAUGAAGGAUCAAAUUGAAUUUUUGAAUGUAAAAUUAGUUUCAUUGGAGUCUAAAAUUGAAAAAAUGAAUCAUAAAAAUACAAUGAAAUUACCUAUUGAUGAUAAUAUUUUUAAAUAUCUAACAGCUAUUCCACAUAGAGUCUCUUUUGAUGAUUCUCAAGAUCAAAAAAGUUUAAAUAUUAAAUUUUUAGCACCUGAUAAAUUAGAUGAUUGGAAUGAUUUUAUUCAUUGUCUCCCCAAUAUGAAAUUUAUGACCAAAAUGAAAAAAUAUUUCAUUGAAUAUUUGAAUUUCCCAAUUGAACUGAUAAGUACCAAAGUUUUAGACUCUUGCUUCAAUGAACAAAUUUUCAAAAAAACUAAAGAUCAAGUAACAACACAAGACUGGGAAUCUUUAUCAUUAGUUGCUAUAAUAUGUUCUUUAUCAAUGUUAAAUUAUCCUAAGGCAGAGCUAGAGAAUGUUUUGAAAAUUGAUCCAGAUAAUGUGAUUUAUAUGUCGAAUACUUUAUUCCAAGUUUCUAAAAAUUGCUUAAAUAUUUUGAAAUAUAGAGAAUCACCAAAAUUAAUACAUCUUCAAAUCUUGAUCCUUUGUCAUAGAUAUCUUCAAUAUUUCAAUAAGAAUGAUUUAUUGAUAAUAACCAAUUCUGAAAUGGUUUCAAUAGCUUAUGCAUUAGGAUUACAUGGCUUACCAACACCGCAAAAUAGUUUAGAGACUGAAGUUUCACAUAAAGUAUGGUGGAUUGUUUGCUUAAAAGAUACAUUAGUUUCAUUAAAAUUGAAAACACCACCAUUUAUAAGGAUCGAUUCAUUGCCAAAUACCAAAUCUAGAGAAUCUCAUAUAUUGAAGGCAUUUGUACCAGCAGAAAUAUCAUCAUUUGAUUCAGUGUUAACACCACUUGUGAAAGUGACAAAAUUAUUGAAUGAAAUUCCACCAGCAUUAGCGCAUUCAUCUGUUGAAAAAGCUGAAAGGUUGAUAAUGAUAGAUCGACAAUUAACUAGUGUUCAAAUUCAAGCAAAUUUUAGAUUUAUGACAUCUAAUAGAGAUCAAAAAAAAUGUUUCCAAGAGUUUUAUCUAUAUUCAGUUUGUAUCUUUGGGAGAUUGAAAGUCUAUGAAGGUUUAUAUUUCACUUCACAAGAACCUUCUGGAUGGAUUGUUUUAUCAUCAAUAAUUGAAAGUUUUUUCAAAAAAUAUGCAGAUCUAAGAAGAGUUUAUGAUAUCAAAGAAGAACCUAGCUUCUUUUUAGGUAUAGUGGAGCAAUUAAUCAUGGUGUUAGUUCAAAGCUUGAUCAUUUCAAUAUUGAACCCAAAUGUUCUUCCUGAUAAUUAUAAAACCAUCAUUAAUAGUUAUUUUCAAAUUGUUUAUGAUGAUUUAUACCAUUUAAAAGGGGUAAAUUUGAAUCAAUCUUUACCAUUUUAUGAGCAAUCUUUUGUCACAUUGAAGAAAUUAAAAUCAAUAAGUGUUAAUCAAAGCUUGGAUUCUGCACAAAAAAUGUUCAGUUCUGUUGCACCAAAUAGUUCAACCACAAGCAUCACUUCAGUACUUAAUAAAUCAAGAGUUUUUGACUCAUCAGAAUCAGAACUGGGGUUAUUACCAACAAAUGAGUUUUUCAGCCACUUUCUUUCCAGAAUAUAUCAAAGCCAAUAUUACCAUAAUGCUGUUACAGAAAGAGAUGGUUGGGACCUUUCAGAGUUUUUGGAGGAAGAACAGUUGAUUUUCUUGAAAUGUUUAGGAAUUGUCUGA